CUCUCUCUCUCUAUAUAUAUAUAUAUAAAUUAAAUAAAUAAGAUCGAUACUAGAAGUAGUUUCAUUUUUUCUUCUCCUGGUAAGUGUUUUGAAUUUGUUCUACUUGUUGAAUGAGCUUUUGUCUACAUCAAUUGUCAAUUUUCCAAAACAAUGAAAGUGAGAAGAUUAGGAGUAAUUGCAUUUCUUGGGUCUCAAGUUUCAAAAUAGUGCCGGCCACUCACAGCUUUCCAAAUGCAUACAAAAAGAGGAAUUUAUAUUGUCCAAUAAUCCGAAUCUCUCUUCAAACAUCACUGUUUUCAACUAGAAAACAACACUACAUUACAACAGACACUUCAAUUGCCUGUAGAAUCGAGUCAGGACUUAUAUAUGUGUAAGAAAAAUAACAGAAGUCUUGGGCUCUAUUCUGUAGCCACAGCAAUGGGUAUUCUUCUCUUCCUAAUCUGCAUCUUUCUCAAUGAAGCAGCUCUAUACCAAGCUUCUUUAGAUCCCAGUGUGAAGGAGACAUCCUUCUCGUACCCCUCGUUCGAUGCUGAUAGUUGCAAUACUACCCUGAUAUGUAUGGGCUCAGUAACCGUUGGCGACAGGCGCUUGAAACUUACACCAGAACCACUGCCAGUCGAUUUGAACUCGACACAACCUGUGCUGAAGGACCAGAUAGGCAGGGUUCUAUUUCAUCAGCCUGUGAUUGCAUGGCCCGCGUAUAUCAAUACAACGUUCACAGUCAGGAUUUUUACCUUUCCAAAUACGACCACCAAUGGAGAUGGGAUGACGUUUAUUAUGGCUCAGAAUAACAGCCCUUCUCCACCUGACAGCAAGGGCUCAUAUCUUGGAGUCCUGGAUAAGUCAACAGAAGGUGGUGUUACUCGACAGAUAGCUGUGGAGCUUGACACUUACCCGAAUGAGUUCGAUCCAGAUGGAAACCAUAUGGGCAUUGAUACAACAAGCAUAACAAAUCCAGUAGUAGCUAAGAGUCUGAACAGAACAGGCAUUUACCUUACAAGUGGAAGAGAUAUCACGGUUCAAAUUGUUUACGAUAGCUCGACAGAGGAGCUCCAAAUAUUUGUUGCUUAUGCAGGGAACCCACUAGUGAGUUUCCUGAAUCAGUCUAUUGACAUGUCAAAAUGGGUUCCGAAUUCUGUUUAUGUAGGCUUCACAGCCGCUACAGGGCCUUUCUCAGAGGCUCAUGAGGUUUUGAAUUGGACUUUUCAGUCAACAUCAUUGCCAGACUUGAAGAAAGCUUCUGAGAAAGAAAAUAGAAAAAGGUUCUUCUUGACUGUUGCAAUUGUCGUGGCAGGAUUGGGGGUGCUGAUACUAUUCACUUUACCGCUUGCUUUAAGGGAUUUAAGGAAGAGAAAAGAGAGGAGUAAAAGGAGAGCUGAAAUUGAAAGCCGGUCAAUGAGAGCAGCAAAUGCACCCAAAAUGUUUACAUAUAGACAACUCUCAAAGGCUACUCUUAAAUUCAGCAAGGAAAACCUGUUAGGAACUGGUGGUUUUGGAAGUGUUUACAAAGGUGUCAUUUCCUCGGAUCCUCCCAUGAUCUUAGCAGUAAAAAAGAUCUCAGCAACUUCAAGACAAGGUGAAAAGGAGUAUUUGGCAGAAAUAUGCACCAUAGGGCGUAUGCGGCACAAGAACAUAGUGCAACUCCAAGGCUGGUGCCACGAGCGCGAGAAACUUCUUUUGGUUUACGAAUACAUGCCCAACGGCAGCCUUGAUUGCUACAUCGGCAGGCGCUUUCUUGACUGGAACACUAGGUACAAAAUAUUAACAGGCCUGGCAUCAGCAUUACUUUACCUCCAUGAGCAAUGUGGCCAUCCUAUUGUUCACCGAGAUGUUAAGCCGAAUAAUGUAAUGUUGGACUCCGAUUUCAAUGCUCAUUUAGGCGAUUUCGGCCUUGCAAGAUUGCUCAGAAGCGAUUCUGCAGUUACAACAAUGCUUGCUGGCACUCCAGGAUACUUGGCUCCUGAAGUAGCUUACACAGGAAAGGCUGCUCCAGAAUCUGAUGUCUAUAGCUUUGGCAUGGUUGUAAUAGAAGUCGUGACAGGACAACGGUCAAGGGGUAUUUUCGAAGAAAAUAGUUUACUAGAUUAUGUAUGGAGUUUACAUGGAAGAAAAACAUUGCUCAAAGGUGUUGACCGAAAGCUAGAAGGCAAGUAUGAUGAACAACAAGUGAAGAGGACAUUACUUGUUGGACUUGCUUGCUUGCAUCCUGACACUAAGAGUCGUCCGACUAUUAGAAAAGUAGAGCAGAUUUUCUUGAACCCCGAUGAGCCUCUGAUGGAGGUGCCAGAAUCGAGGCCAAAUGCAAUUUUUGUGCCACUCUCUUCCUCUGCUUCAACCACAAGGUCUGCAACUGAUUUUGGGUCUAAAAGUGACGAUCUCUUGUUGCAGUCAACCCCUGAAGAGAUGGUCCUUGAUGAGAUUGUUGUCCACCAUGAAGAUUCUGACAUAUAAAGGGCUCUUGUGGGUGUUGAAGAUAGAAUUUUACUUCCAUUUCCUUAUUUCCAUCUGCAUUUUGUGUACGUUUUUCAGCUGUUAAUUUUAUCGUACAUCUUUUUUUGUACAUACAUUUAUAGGUGAGGAAAAAAAAAGAGGCAGGAGAGGACAGGAUGCUACAUAACUUAAUGUUUGUUUGGAGUUAAAGACUCUGACUCUUUC